AUGCAGCAGAUCAUCGAUAAGAGGGCGGACAACCAGGGCUUCAGUGUGCACCAGGACAAACUGGACGGUUAUCUCUUCUUUGUGCCAGAGAGCUGGCUGCCUGUCACGACUUCUGGCAAUGACAUCUUCUACCGGAACCCCAGAAAUGUGAAUGAGAACCUCUUUGUGGACGUAUCCUCGCCGUCAUCCUCGAACUUCUCAACUGUGGAAGAUCUGGGUUCCCCAGAGGAGGCAGCUAAGCGCACCCUGAACCAAUACUUGGAGGAGCUCAUGUCCACAAGGAUUGGUGUGAAGCGGACUGGCGAGAUUCUGUCCGCAGACAAACGCACUGGCCCGGAUGGCAAGGAGUAUUAUGACAUUCAGGUGCGGGUGCGCUCCUUUGCAUCGAGGAAUCAGUUGGCGGCGUACCCAGGAGACAGGGAAGCUUCACAGGAGCUGGAAUGGGAGCGCAGAUAUCUGACGGUGCUGGGCGCUGCAAACAAGCGGCUGUACCAGUUCCGGCUGCAGACCGCCGACAAAACAUUUGAGACUGCCGCGGACAAUCUGCUGAACAUUGCGCAAUCUUUCAGAUGCAAGGAGGUGGUGGUUUGA